CGCCCUCGCGCUCCUGAGCGACUUUACAAAGGAUUUGCCGACGUUCGGGAAUUCCGCCUCCAGUUCCUUUUAUAGCGCCACUCGUGCGCUGGCCGCGCUCCAGGAUCCCGCCCAUCCCGGUUACUUUGACAACACAAAGGACUUCACGGAACUCGGAGGCGCCGCCUUCAUUUCUAAAUAAGGACAGCCUCUCCAUGUACGGCGAACAAUCGGUGCGAGAUUGCCCUUUUCUCUUCCUUAUCCCGUUUAUAUGAUCGGAGAGGAACUGCGCUUCAGGUUGGAAGCGGUGCGAUCAUGGCCGAGCGAGUCCAGCAGCCCCCAGCCAAGCGGCUCUGCUGCCGGUCCGGCUACAACCCGGCGUGCAGGCAGGGGCAGCGGGCUGGAGGAGUCCUGUGCGGCGGCGGCGGAGGCGCGGGAUCCGCUCCGGGAGGGUCGGGAAACGGCAAGACGCACAACCCCGAGUCGCUGCUCGACAUCGCGGCGCGCCGCGUCGCGGAGAAGUGGCCGUUCCAGCGCGUGGAGGAGCGGUUCGAGAGGAUCCCGGAGCCCGUCCAGCGGAGGAUCGUAUACUGGUCAUUCCCGAGAAGCGAGAAGGAGAUCUGCAUGUACUCCUCCUUCAACGCCGGAGGAGAGGAGAGCGGAUCCAGCGGGGACAAUAAUGACGAGACGCAGCUGCCGUUCCUGCGGGGUGUCGCUCUGCUGGAGGGCGGCUGGGUGGACAACGUCCUGCAAGUCGGUUUUCACCUGAGCGGCACAGUGACGGACCCGGCCACUCCCUCAUCGCCAGAACUUGUAUGCAGCGUCAGCGUCAGCUUCGACCGCUGCAAGAUCACAGCGGUAACAUGCACCUGCGGCAACAAAGACAUCUUCUACUGUGCCCAUGUGGUGGCUCUGUCGCUCUAUAGAGUACGGAAGCCCGAGCAGGUCAAACUGCACUUACCCAUCUCAGAAACACUGUUUCAGAUGAGCAGGGACCAGCUGCAGAAGUUUGUCCAGUAUCUGAUAUCUGUCCACCACACUGAGGUGCUGCCUACAGCGCAGAAACUGGCCGACGAGAUCCUGUCACAGAACUCUGAGAUCAACCAGGUCCACGGAGCCCCUGACCCCACAGCAGGAGCCAGUGUGGAUGAUGAGAACUGUUGGCAUCUGGAUGAGGAGCAGGUGCAGGAGCAAGUCAAGCUUUUUCUGUCCCAAGGAGGAUACCAUGGCUCGGGCAAACAGCUCAAUCUUCUCUUCAGCAAGGUGAGGGAGAUGCUGAAGAUGCGUGACUCAAACGGAGCGCGGAUGUUAACACUGAUCACAGAACAGUUUAUGGCCGACCCCCGGCUGGCGCUGUGGAGACAGCAGGGCACCACCAUGACCGACAAGUACAGACAGCUCUGGGAUGAGCUGGGUGCCCUGUGGAUGUGCAUCGUAUUGAACCCCCACUGUAAACCUGAGCAGAAAUCCUCGUGGCUGCGCCAGUUGCGCAGAUGGAACAGCGUGGACGUCUGCCCCUGGGAAGACGGUAACCACGGAAACGAGAUGCCUAACCUCACCCACUCACUUCCUCAGGGUGCCCACGGUAACCCAGGUAUACUUUUCAACCCAGAGAUGCGCCCCCACAGGACUGUUUUCACGCGGGCCAUUGAAGCCUGUGACCUGCACUGGCAGGACCGACACCUCCAGCACAUUAUCGCCAGUGACCUCUACGCCAAUUACUGUUAUCAUGACAACCAGGAAGGCUCCCUGUUUGAUUCACGCGGCUGGCCCUUGUGGCACGAACACGUUCCAACAGCCUGUGCCAGGGUGGAUGCCCUGCGUUCCCACGGGUACCCUAGAGAAGCACUUCGACUCGCUAUCGCUGUGGUGAACACGUUACGGCGGCAGCAGCAGCGGCAACUGGAGCACUUCCGCCGACACAAAAAAGAAUUGCUCCAUAAAGGUCAUACCUCCAUAACCAACAUGGAGGGCUGGGUGGGGCACCCACUGGAUCCUAUCGGCACCCUGUUCAGCACAUUGAUGGAGUCGGGACGAGCGGGAGAAGAGGGCUCCAACACCUGCUUAGACCUCUCAGACUGCUCCAGUGUUGUUAGCCGGGCAGAUCUUCAGCGAAUGCCGGUGCAGCGACUGCUGGGAGACGGAGAAUCGUACAUGGCGCUGGCAGUGGAGACGGCCCUGAUUGGCUUUGGGCAGCAGCGGGUGAUGCCCGAUGGGUUGUACGCUCAAGAGAAGGUGUGCCGCAAUGAAGAGCAGCUAUUGGCCAAGCUCCAGGAAGUGGAACUGGACGACUCCCUGGUCAAAAUCUUCCGUAAACAAGCUGUGUUUCUGCUCGAGGCUGGUCCGUACUCCGGUCUGGGAGAGAUUGUCCACAGAGAGAGUGUUCCCAUGCACACCUUCGCCCGGUAUCUCUUCACCUCUCUACUACCUCAUGACGCUGAACUGGCAUACAAAAUUGCACUGAGAGCUAUGCGGUUGCCCGUGUUGGAGUCAACAGCCUCGUCUGGUGACCUGUCACGACCCCACCACAUCGUGUCUGUGGUUCCCAACCGCUACCCGCGCUGGUUUACACUGAGCCACAUAGAGUCUCAGCAGUGUGAACUGGCCUCGACCAUGCUCACUGCAGCCAAAGGUGACAGUCGCAGGCUGGAAACGGUCCUCGAGUCCAUUCAGAAAAAUAUUCACUCCUCGUCUCACAUCUUCAAACUGGCACAGGAUGCCUUCAAGAUUGCCACGUUGAUGGACAGCCUGCCUGACAUCACACUUCUCAAAGUCUCGCUGGAGCUUGGACUGCAGGUGAUGAGAAUAACUCUAUCCACAUUAAACUGGAGGCGGAGAGAGAUGGUACGCUGGUUAGUCACAUGUGCCACCGAAGUGGGUGUGUACGCACUGGACAGCAUCAUGCAGAGCUGGUUCACCCUCUUCACCCCAACAGAAGCCACCAGCAUCGUGGCAACCACUGUCAUGUCCAAUAGCACUAUUGUCCGCCUCCACCUGGACUGCCACCAGCAGGAGAACCUUGCUUCUUCUGCCCGCACCCUCGCCCUGCAGUGUGCCAUGAAGGACCCCCAAAACUGCGCCCUCUCUGCUCUUACACUCUGUGAAAAGGACCACAUUGCCUUCGAGACAGCCUACCAGAUUGUAUUGGAUGCGGCAGCAACAGGGAUGAGCUACACACAACUGUUCACUAUCGCUCGCUACAUGGAGCACCGCGGUUACCCUAUGAGAGCGUACAAGCUGGCGACGUUAGCCAUGGCUCAUCUGAACCUCAGUUACAACCAGGACACACACCCAGCCAUCAACGAUGUGCUGUGGGCCUGUGCGCUCAGCCACUCUCUGGGAAAAAAUGAGCUGGCUGCUGUUAUUCCCCUGGUGGUGAAGAGUGUGAAGUGCGCCACUGUACUCUCUGACAUUUUGCGGCGGUGCACGCUGACCACACCAGGCAUGGUGUCAGCGUUGCACAGCCGCAGGAACUCUGGGAAGCUGAUGUCACUGGACAAGGCACCGCUCAGGCAGUUGCUGGACGCAACCAUUGGGGCCUACAUCAACACCACGCACUCGCGGCUCACACACAUCAGCCCGCGCCACUACAGCGAGUUUAUCGAGUUCCUGGGAAAGGCUCGGGAGACAUUCAUGAUGGCCCACGACGGACACAUUCAGUUCACCCAGUUCAUAGACAACCUGAAACAGAUCUACAAGGGCAAAAAGAAACUGAUGAUGCUGGUGAGGGAGCGGUUUGGCUGAGGGUGAGGCUGGGGGGGCCACCCCAAAACCCCCCCCUCCUGCUCUAGUACUUUUCUAUGAACUUGAGUCUGCCUUUUCAACUUCCUUUGGACUUAAAAAGACAAGUUUAAAAAAAAGAGGGAUGUGACUUGUAGAAUGAAGCAAAAAGAGAAAGGAAAAGAUGACAAAAAAAUCAACAGAGCCACACGCGGUAUUAUUGUUCUUGCUGUUGUUAUUGUUAUAAACAUUAUUACUGUUAUUAUUAAUAAUAAUAUCAUUACUACUAUGUGUACAGAAGUGUUUUUUUUUUUCACAAGAGAGGAAAUUUGUCACGUUGUGAAUGUGUGUAUUUCUCUACAUGUGAGAGGAAAACGAAAAGUGAAAUGGCUUUUUUUUAUAUAUAUUUUCUUUUUAUUUUUUAUGAUUUAAAGCAUCUUUUUUCCCUUUUUAAAUAUAUAUUGAGUUACGUGUUGUCAAGUGGCUGAAGCCCUUUUACAAUAGCGCUCAUGUAAAACCAGAAAAAGAAGAAUAAUAAGAAAAAAAAAAAACUCGGCAUCCUCAAAGAGAAACUAAGGCUUUAAACCACACGGAGCACCUCCCUCUGUCCGGCCCCUCUCCAGGGGGCGCUGGUCAGCACUGCACAGUUUAGCCUAGCUCAGCUCAGCACAGCUUGGGUUAGCGCUGAUAGAAAGUCACCAUCAGCAUUUCUCCAGACAACAGCACUCGCAGCAGCACUUGAUCAGCAAUUAGUUUUCUCUAGGUCACCGGCAUUAACUUCAUUACAAACAACAAUGCUCUUAACUUACUCUUCUUGUUGUUACGGUUGUAAUCUCAACCACAUACAAACUGCAGUAGUUAUACAGAGGACAGUGCGCAGGCUCAAAAGUAAAGGCACAUUAGACUAACACAAUGAGUAUUAUUGUUCCAUUAAUCCAUUUAUUUUAUUUAUUUUGAAUUAAUUUAAUUUUUUUUUACAUUUAACUACUGCUGCAUGGCUUUAAGAUGUGUUCACAUUGUGAUAAAACAAGAUUUUCACAUUUGUUGCACUUUGACCUGAAUGAGCACAUUCAUAAUGUGCUAUCAAAAUGUCUACAAUUGUACAACACAUAUGCUUCAUUUCAAGACCUGAGGUUAAAAAAAUGACCAGACAUAGGCUAGCUAAAGCUAAUAUUUAGCUGGAAACAAAAGUACUUAGCAAUGUGUCCCAAACAGUCCUGUGCAUGACAGCAUAGCUUUUCUACUAUAAUGUGAACAGGGUUCUGGAGUCCAAACUCGGAAUUUCCAUAUUUUAUUUGAGAAUAGCCAAAAAUCUGAAAGUCAGAAUUCCUGCUUGGUGUAGCAUGGGUGUUAACAA